AUGGAGAAGCUGAUCCGAGAAUUGCACGAUCCGGGCAACCAGGCGGCCCCGGAUCGCAUUCACGACAUUCAGAGACAAAUCCAACGACUGCAGCGUGAGAGGGCCGCAUGGCAGAUUGGCCUCGAUCUCCUACGGCACGAUGAGGCCGUCAUGCGCUUCCACGGUGCUCUCACCCUCACCAUCAAGAUUAACGCAGACUGGGAUAACGAUCAGAUGGGCGAAGAUGAGCGAAUGAAGUACUACCUGCUGGAGACCCUUGUCACCCGAUACCUACAACUUGUCAUCCUGCCCGAUGAAAACUUUGUCAUUCAAAAGCUCUGUUCAACGCUGGUAACCCUCUUUACGAAGCACGAUUCAGAAUGGACUUUCCCCUUGCGACAUGUAUUCGCUUGCGCAAUAAGUGGGAACUACGUUUCGCCUACCACUCUGCCAGACAUGGAUCAACUAUGCGAAGCUGGCAAGGACUGUUCAUAUAUCCAGCUGAAGGGCAUUCUGAUGCUUGCGAAAACCAUGGCGGAAGAUCUUGGUAAUCGUACUUCCACAAGUACUGUUCAAGGCAUCAUUACGGAUCGCACGGCUGCCAAUGGUCCGGACGCCUUGAAAUUCUUGCGAUUUGUCAUGGGUGCACCGAACAAGAUUCGGUAUCAUGAAAUUGCAGUUGAGGAAUCUGAUGCUGCCACGGCUUACACUGAAUUAUUGAAGAUGGUCUUUUCAAGCAUACCAUUCUGGGUAGGCUUGGUCAAACACCUCGUCCCUAGCGUCGACAAAGCGCAGAUGCUCAGCAUCGAGGCAGCCGCUCAAGAGUGUAUCAGUCUGGGCGUUGGAUACUUUGAUCAUGAUCCACUGACGGCAAGUGUCCUGCAAAUGCUUUAUUCCCUGCAACAGUCCUCAGCCAGGCUUCUUCAAAGUGCCAUCCCCGAUUACCCGUCCAGCAUCGCAGAAUCUCCCAUGGCUAAGGAGAUCGUGACGGCUCUCUUGUCUGGGGACUGGAAUCUCGGCGCAGGCACAUAUGUCGACCUCCUGGAGUCGAUUAUGAGUCAGGUAGAUACUACUUCGUCAGCAUACUUGCACUCUGGUCGUUACACUCAAGUCAUUGAGACUCUUCGACAACUCCUCCGAUGUGAAGACCAAGCAAUCAUCGAAGAUCCUUUCUGCCAAGUUGCUCUUGAAAAGGUCAGUGAGAUGGUCGAAGGCUUCACUGACUGGGAUGAGGGCGAUUCAGCUCAACCAUUUAUCCGAAGCCUGGCUGCUGAUGCAUGUGACGCAUGUCUUUUGAAGAUCCAAUUGCCCCAAGAAGAGAUGUCGAGCGAGACACAAGAUUGGGAUGCCGACGAACGCGCCAGGUUCCAGGACUUUCGAUACGACGUCCAUGACUUCUUCCAGUCUGCGUUCGCGGUCUUGGGGAAUGAUUUGAUUGAAGGAAUCGUAAAGACUAUUAUUUCUCAUCCCGAACCUCUCAAUUGGAGUACAAUCGAGGCUGCCAUUUUCGCUUUCACGGCAUUUUCGGACACCAUGUCGUCUGAUCCGGACACAUAUGACGGUCUAAUCACAGCAGUACUUGACAGUCAGCCUUUAAGGCAUCUUCUGCAGUCUGUGAAUCCUGUUCCUGACAGGGCUCGUCAAACAAGCAUCCGGUUUAUUGCAGACAAUGUUGCAUACCUUCAACGCCAUCCCGAUGGGCUGGUCCCGAUUCUGAACUUCUUAUUCUCAUCUCUACAUCUGCAGGCAUCUGCAUCCGCUGCUUCCAGGGCCAUUUAUAGCCUGUGCGACUCACACAGGGAGGCAUUGAUAGAUGGUCUUCCGCAAUUUAUGGCCUCGCUAUCGACCAUUGGCGACCUUGGUGAGGCCGAGCGGCACAGAAUAUAUGCCGCGGUCGCUACGAUUAUCCAGGGUCUUCCAACUGAAGAAGCCAAAGUUCAACCACUAUCGGAACUGCUCUCACAUGUCAGCAGUGGACUACUCGUGAUGAACGAUGAUGUCGCAGAAAAGAUCGAGGCACUGAGGUUGUGCACUGAUACCAUGCAAACUCUGGCUUCGGUCGGCAAAGGUCUACGGUCGCCGCACGACACACCUAUCGAUCUCGAAGCGUCAAAUACUCCACAGUCGGCAUUCUGGCAGGAUGGUCCAGGUGCAGAUAUCCAACGUGACGUGCUCGCACUGUAUGGGGUCAUUCUGCAAAAGGUGACUGAUCAAAUCGACAUUGUAUUCGUCGAAGCAUGCUGCGACUUUAUCAAAUCCGGCUUCACCGAGGAGCACCCAUCACCGUUCAAGUUUCCAGACAGGGUCGGUCUCGACCUUGUCAGUGCUUUAAUCAAUCUGGAAUCUCCCAGCAUUGACACUGUCAUGGCAUGCGCAUCUAGCUUCCUUGCCUCGAUCAAUACCGCGAAUAUCCAAGUGUGCGUCAGCAGCCUCUUGUACCUCGUCAUAUUGAACCAGCAGCACGUCCUGUCAACGUUUCAAGAUUCGCGGCAACUACAAGAUACCAGCUUCCCGUCAAGCUCACUUGAUUUCCUAGGUCGUUUGAUGACAAAGUGGACAUCCAUAUGGCUCUCUUUGCCGGAGGGCGGGCAGAUGGCGGGAGUGUCCAUAGAAAUGGCAUUGGUCCUUAUGGCUGACCCUGAUACACUUCCACGCCGUUCUGCAGCGUCAUUCUUUGCCAUACUGGCAGAUUAUGCCGGGCCGGCUGGCGGUUCUGAUGCCGAGACGAACCAGCGCAUGGCCAAGAUUCUACAACAUUAUGGGCAACGAAUCUUGUCGCUCCUUCUUCGCCUGCUUGGAGGAGAGUGUGCACGCUCGGAGAUCGAGAGCCUUACCGAGACCAUCAAAAGGUUCGUUCAAAAGCAUUUGAUGCUCACCAAAUCGGUGCUGCGAGAGGCCGUCAAACAGGACUCCGGAGUGAUGAGCGACAAAGCGCUAAAGGCCACGACACUGGAAUACAGAAACAGGGUCUUGGCCCAAAUGGAGGCAUUGAGAGGCGGUAGGAAGACUAACGACAUCGUCAAGGAAUUCUGGAUUGCCUGCAGAGGUAGCGGAUUUGGGUAUAUCACCUGA